AAGUCAUAACUCGUAUUUUAAAGCGAUCAUAUCAAUUCUAGAGAGACCACACGCGCUUCGCACCCACUUUCUUCCUCACGUAGCUGUACAUAUAGAAUCAACAGGUACAUCGAUGGAGGCCCCAGACCCAGCUAACGUUCGAAUAAUCACGACUCUCGGGCAUGUCGAUCACGGAAAGACUACACUGAUGGAUGCCCUUCUCGCGGCAAACAACAUUAUUUCUCAUCGGAUGGCGGGGAAGCUGAGGUUUCUUGAUAGUAGAGAGGAUGAACAAGAGCGCGGGAUCACGAUGGAAAGCAGCGCAGUAUCGCUCAAGUUUCAGGUCAUGGGACGACCUGACGAAGAAAGGUCCCCAAAGACAUAUGUCGUCAAUAUGAUUGAUACACCGGGACACGUCGAUUUCUCGAGCGAAGUUUCCACGGCAUCUCGGUUAUGUGAUGGUGCACUGGUCCUUGUUGAUGUCGUCGAAGGUGUGUGCACGCAGACUAUUGCUGUGCUUAGACAGGCAUGGCAGGAUAACCUCCGCCCGAUCCUCGUCAUCAACAAAAUGGAUAGACUCAUCACGGAGCUGAAACUGGUGCCCACCGAAGCUUACCAGCACCUUUCGCGGCUGAUCGAACAAGUGAAUGCUGUUAUGGGCAGUUUUUUUGCAAGUGAAUUGAUGGAGGACGAUCUCCGGUGGAGGGAAGAGCGCGAUCGACGUCUUGCUGAAAAGAAGGAACAACUUGCAGAUGAAGCCGAAGCAUCCAUCAAUGACACAGAUGACUUCAAGGAGAAAGACGACGAAGAUAUCUACUUCGCGCCGGAGCGGGGUAAUGUAGUGUUUGCGUCUGCCAUUGAUUGUUGGGGUUUCAGAGUCGGGAACUUCGCCCAGCUAUAUUCUGCAAAGCUCGGUUUCAAGGAAGCCAAUCUAAGGCGCGUUUUGUGGGGCGACUUCUAUCUCGAUCCCAAAACCAAGAAAGUUAUCAGUCAGAAACAUCUUCGCGGACGCACAUUAAAGCCAUUGUUUGUCCAAUUUGUGUUGGAGAACAUCUGGGCGGUCUAUGAUGCCGUUGUGAUGAACCCGAACACAGAUAAAGUGACCAAGAUUGUAACAGCUCUUAAUCUGAAGAUUUUGCCUCGGGAUUUGAGGUCAAAAGACAGUCGGCAGUUGCUGUCCACGAUUUUUACACAGUGGCUUUCGCUGUCUACGUGCAUCAUUCAGGCGACUAUUGAUGUCGUUCCUUCCCCUCCUGUUGCCCAGGCGAUUCGCAUCCCCAAAAUGCUUUAUCCUAACGUAUUCGACAAAAACAUACAACCCAAAAACAAGUUAGAGCAGGAUCUUUUCACGUCCAACUUCGCGCCAAACGCAGUCGUAGUUGCAUAUGUAAGCAAGAUGUUCGCUGUUGCAGCCAAAGAACUUCCGGAAAACAAGAAACGGGUUGCGACAGCGGACGAGUUACGCCAGCGGGCGCGAGAUGCCAAAGAAGCACGAGAUAACAGCGUUUUAGUCUCAGGGACUCCAGACCCUCCCCGUGCAGCCCCAGAAUCACCUCGUAGUCUAGGAGAGGUGUUAGACGUUUCUGAAGAGUCUGAAAUUAUCCUCGGCUUUGCACGACUGUAUUCAGGGACAAUAAGCACCGGCUCCACCAUAUACUGCGUGCUGCCCAAGUACAAUACCUCCCUUCCUCCAAAUCACGCCCAUAAUGUUGCGCAUCUUAUUCCGGCCAAAGUUGAAGGAUUGUACGUGAUGAUGGGCCGGGAGCUUAUCCCCGUGGACAGUGUCAGGGCAGGAAACACCUUUGCAAUCAGGGGAUUGGGAGGCAAAGUGUACAGGAAUGCCACACUUUGUGCGCCACAAAGCACAGGCGUUCCGGAGAGCGCAGAUCCUGUCCAGGUGCAUGAUAGUCUCAUUAACAUCGGUGGUGUUAUUCGCACGGUAUCCCCUAUAGUGCGGGUUGCGCUUGAACCUGUCGUCCCUUCUGAUAUGCCAAAACUUGUUGCCGGGAUGAAGCUCCUCGCUCAAGCUGAUCCCUGCGUUGAAACAUUCCAGCAACAGACUGGAGAACAUGUGAUUCUGACUGCAGGAGAGUUACACUUAGAGAGAUGUUUGAAAGACUUGCGAGAGAGAUUCGCUCGUGUGGAGAUUCAAGCGUCCAAACCAAUUGUUCCUUUCCGCGAAACAGCUGUGAAAGCCCAAGAUAUGGCACCCUCGAAAAUUCCAAAUGCUGCCCGUGGAACAAUCAAGGGUGCAAGCACACAGAACUUGGUCACUUUUUCGAUUCGCUCGGCGCCUGUCCCCGGUAUCAUCUUGCAAUUCUUGCUGCAUAAUUUAACGACUCUCAGAGCAUUGCAGAGGGACGGUCAAACAAGCAGAGAUACCUCCAGUAACAGUAUCGACAUUGUUUCUGAGAGUGAAUUGGUUAGUGUCCAAGGCGAUGUGCUCCAUACUCCAAGUGUUAGAGCGGACCAAUUUUGGAAUGCACUGGAAGAGAAGUGCAACGAAGCUGGCGGGGAAUGGGUCGAUAUUUGCGACAAAAUCUGGUCGUUUGGUCCCCAUCACGCUGGGGGCUGUAUUCUUAUUGACUAUCGUAAAGAUAUGACACCGUUAUCGCUGAGGCAUCGCCUCUCACGGAAUCUUCUAGCUCAGCCCACCAACACAUCCAACAAUAAUGUUGAUUUCACGGGCUACGUUGAGACAGGCUUCCAGCUAGCUAUGUUUCAAGGACCAUUGUGUGCUGAGCCUGUCGAAGGGAUGGCCUAUUUUGUUGAAUCGAUUGACGUUGAUGCCGACGGCGUCCAAAAGGAGAUCGUCCAAAAUAGGUUAUCACAAGUGACAGGCUCCGUGAUAUCAGCGGUAAGAGAUGCCUGCAGGAAUGGACUGCUCGACUGGUCCCCUAGGCUUAUGCUGGCUAUAUAUUCGUGUGAUAUUCAAGCCUCAACGGACGUCCUUGGAAAAGUCUAUGGAGUGGUUGCAAAACGACGUGGUCGAAUUGUGGCUGAAGAGAUGAAGGAGGGGACUACGUUCUUCACAGUAUCUGCUCUUCUUCCAGUUGUGGAGAGUUUUGGUUUCGCAGACGAGAUACGCAAACGAACAUCUGGUGCUGCAAGUCCACAGCUAAUUUUCAGCGGAUACGAAUUGCUUGAUCAAGAUCCCUUCUGGAUACCAACGACUGAGGAAGAGCUGGAAGACCUGGGUGAAAAAGCAGACCGAGACAAUAUCGCAAAAGGUUACAUGGAUAGCGUGCGAGAGCGAAAAGGUAUGUUUGUGGACCGGAAAAUAGUGGAGUUCGCGGAGAAGCAAAGAACGCUGAAACGGUGAGAUCGGUAGACUUUACUGUCAGUUGCGUGGUCUAAGUAACGCGAUAUGAACUGUGUUAUUACGUAAUAGUCCGUUGUGAGGGCAUACGGCUCAUCUUAGCUAGCUG